AUUUGUUGUAUCUGUACUUGAAAAGAGUACAUUCAUUCUCUUUAGAACAAAUGUUGACUUUUUUUUGUUCUCUUUAAAUUUUAUCAUAUGAACCAACCAAAAAAAAAACGAAGAGUCAAAUCCACACGCCUAGAAAAGAACUGUUUCGCAGAUCCGAUUUUCCAAAAGUUUCUUCAUCUGUGAGAUUUUCUUUAUUCACUUAAAAGUGCUGAGGCAAGAUGCUGCUUGCACAGAUACAUUCUGAGAGGCUAUAUUAUCUUCAAGCAGCAGCCACUAUGAAUGACUUACAAGGUCAACGAGACGAAAUGUUUAUGGACAAGAAUGUAGCGGCUUGCGAUUUACCUGAGAUCGUUGUUUGUAGUAACAACUACAAGGAGCUUACUUAUAACGUCGUCAAUGAUAAAUCUGUUGAUGAGGGUGUGCCUAUGAUGAUGCAUGAGAAAUUCUUAUUCAAUGAGAAAGUUUCUGUCAAAGUAAAUGCAAAUCCUUUGGAAUCCAAAUCCUCAGAAGACAGCAAGGUUGAAGAAUUUGUUGGCAUUCAAGAUUCUAGCAAACUCAAUCAAGAGAAUUUGAUUGUGAAGAAAUCUCCACCGAGUGAUGUAGGAGCUGCAUCAGGAACUGUCUCAAAGGAACCUUUAACCCUGGGAGAUAUUAUAUCAAUGGAAGAUUCCCAAAAAGCUCUCGACGAAAACAACAUUCAUGGACCCAAAGAAAACGUAGACCGUGAAACAGAACAGAAGAAAACAGAGGAACCAAAAGCAGACAGCUUGAGAUAUAUUUCCUCUGAAACGGCAGAAACAGAGAAAAAUCCAUUGCUAAAAGAUGUGCUCGAGGACUCUUAUGAUCACAGUCUCUUGUCAAACGGUCUCCGAGAAAGAAGUUUCUCUGACGCAGAGUCAGAAUGGAAUAGCAGUCCUGUAAGAAUGGUGAAAGCUGAGAAGAGACCAUUUCGUAAGGAGAAAGGAUGGAGGCAUUACUCUCUUCUUCUCUGUUGUCGAUUC